AUGCACAGCCGAAAGGUGCACCUAGAGGUCCAGCAAUGCACCGAGGAAGACAUCCCCCGCGUCUUUGAGAUAGUCUCCUUGGCCUUUGCCAACGACCACGAAUUCGUCGAUGCGGUCUUCCCUGCACAUAGCAGCCCUGAAGGCCGCAAGUUGGGUAGCUCGCGCAUGCUCGCCAUGUUUCGCGGGGAUCCUUACAGCGUUUUCCUCAAAUGCAUCGACACAGACACCGGCAAGAUGGUCGCUGCUGCAAAGUGGAACAUAUACAAGGGCGGCCCUGUCCCGCCGUCACCUGAGCUUUCUGGUGACUACUGGAAGAACGACGAGGAAAAGAGGUUUGCACAAGCUCUGUUUCGUGGGUUCCUUGCGCCGAGACAACGAGCUAUCGAGGAUAGUGGAGCGAGAUUGGUCGAAAAGGUCGAAGGCUGA